ACCACAAGUCGUACGACUGCAUGACCAACACCACCAUGUGUGGAGACGAGGCCCAGUGCAUUCAGUCGCGGUCCACCACGUACUGCACAUGCCGCAGAGGCUUCCAGAAGGUGCCGGACAAGAAUUCCUGCCAAGAUGUCAACGAGUGCCUGCGCUUUGGGACCUGCUCUCAACUCUGCAACAACACCAAGGGCUCCCACGUCUGCAGCUGCGCCAAGAACUUCAUGAAGACGGACAACAUGUGCAAGGCGGAAGGCUCCGAGCACCAAAUCCUCUACAUCGCGGACGACAACAAGAUCCGGAGCAUGUACCCCUUCAACCCCAACUCAGCCUACGAGCCAGCCUUCCAGGGCGAUGAGAACGUGCGCAUCGACGCCAUGGACAUCUACGUCAAGGGCAACAAGAUCUACUGGACCAACUGGCACACGGGCAGGAUCUCAUACCGGGAGCUGCCCGCCUCUUCCGCUGCCUCCACCGCCUCCAACCGCAACCGGCGCCAGAUCGAUGGCGGCGUCACCCACCUGAAUAUCUCAGGGCUGAAGAUGCCACGGGGAAUUGCCAUCGACUGGGUUGCUGGGAACAUCUACUGGACAGACUCGGGGCGGGAUGUCAUUGAGGUGGCACAGAUGAAAGGCGAGAAUCGCAAGACACUGAUCUCAGGCAUGAUCGAUGAGCCCCACGCCAUCGUAGUCGACCCACUUAGGGGGACUAUGUACUGGUCAGACUGGGGCAAUCACCCCAAGAUCGAGACGGCUGCUAUGGACGGGACGCUGCGCGAGACCCUGGUGCAGGACAACAUCCAGUGGCCAACAG